UUCUUCAGGAGACUUAAGUUUGUCUGUUGAUUGUCAGCUUCUUCUUAACCGUCCGCAGUGAGUGAAAAAGCCAAGAACGGCUAAAAUAUAAAUUAACGCAGAAUAGACUCCGCUGCCGUUUGAGAUAUUUGAUAUUUGUCUUUUAACCCAGAGUUGUUUGAUGCUCUGCCGGGUUUAAUACUAACUUCUGGAGUAUCAAGCUGCUACUGAUUGUGUUAGCUGUUAUAGCUAAAUCGUAGCCUUAACUUUAGCUGAUGCAUUAAAACAGCAGUCAACAGCCAUUAUCGUUGGUGUGGUUUCCAGACAAGAAAUGGCGCAUGGCGGAGAUCUAAUGGACGGGGAUCUGGAGGAUGGAGAGAUCUCCGGCUCAGAUACUGAGAUGGGAACCGCCGCAGCUCCACACAAGGUUCCUCCAGCAUUUAGCGGCCAGUCCUUCCAAAACAGAGACGCUGCUCAGCACUCAGCCGCCGCCUACCGCAGCACUGGAAGGACGGCGGAGUCCAGUGACAGUGACCCGGACUCGUCGGACGAGGAGGCGGCUCUUUGGCGUAAGAAGCGACAGAAAGUAUCCAACGCUCCCCAGCCGCCUGCCUGCACCACCCGGGCAGAGCCGACCCGCAUGCCCGUCCCCGGCGCGCUGGGAGGCCGAAAGGUGAACAACGUUUGGGGCUCGGUGGUCCAGGAGCAGUGCCAGGAUGCCAUAGCUACAGAGCUGGGCAUCUUUGGCAUGGAAGGUGAAGUUAGCAUGUCCAGCAGAAAUGUAGAGACUUAUAACUAUGUCCUGGCUCGUAAGAUCAUGGAGAAGGAGCGAGAGAUGGAGAAGCAGCUGGGUGAUGAUGGAGAGGUGAGCAUGCUGGACGCUCAGCUGGAGGAGUACAUGAAGGAGAGGGCAGGAGGUGGUGAUGCAAAGAGGAAGAGGCCGGCUAAAGAUAGACUGGGCCCCAGAGCUGAGAUGGACGUGAAGGGCAGGUAUGAGAUCACAGAGGACGACCCCGAGGAUAAGGUGACGGAUGAGAUCGCACACAGGCUGCAGGAGCCUAAAAAGGACCUGAUAGAGCGUGUUGUCCAAGUCAUUGGGAAGAAAAAAGCCAUAGAACUGCUCAGUGAGACUGCCACGCUGGAAGAAAGUGGUGGUGUGUACACCAUGGACGGCAGCAGGCGACGAACACCAGGUGGGGUGUAUCUCAACCUGCUGAAGAACACACCCAGCAUCAGCAAGAACCAGAUCAAAAAGAUAUUCUUUGAUGAGAACCAGAAAGAGUGCAAGAGCAAGAAGGCCGCCCAGAAGAGGAGGCGGCACGUGGUGGCCAAGAAGAUGAAGCAGGCUAUCGGCACUCUGAACCUGCAGGAGCACGACGAUGUCUCCAGGGAGACUUUCGCCAGUGAUACCAAUGAGGCCUUGGAGUCAUUGGAGGACGCUGCAGAAGAGGAAGAGGAGGCUCAAGAGGAAGCUGCUGUGGGCACUGAGGAGACAGCGGUGGUCUACAGUGCUGUAGACCUGGAGGUCUUCUGAGGGCUGCCUCUGUCUGAACUCUGGGAGCUUCCAACAAGGACAUUUAGGAUUCAAAUUAAAACGCAACACUGAAAGCACUGUAAAAGUCUCUACUGAUGACAGAAUAUUAUGGAAGCCUGUUUCCACCAAUGUGAUGAAAAAAUCCUGCAAGUCAUUAUUAUAACAAACUUUCUCAAAAUAAUAAUAAUAUUGAUUUAGUCCGUCAAUAUAAUAAUACUUAGUAUCUAAAAGUUUGUUUUUUUUCCUUUGUGGUACUAAGUCAUUUUGAGAAAGUUCAUUAUGAGAUGGUUUUUUUGUGUGAGAUACAUUCUCAUUUGAGAAAGUUUCUCAUUACUUUGAAAUACUAAUAUAUAAGACACUAAUUAGUAUUUUUGAAAUGACUUAAAACGACGCCAUUACUUUGAGUAAGUUUUCAUUUUUCAUUUUUCUGGCAGAAAUGGGCUUCCAUAGAAACUCACCCGAGUAUCCUUUUUUUGUUGUUGUUUUUCCACAGCAAUUAAAGUAAACAAAUGUUGAUUUGAUUGGUUAAGCAUGGAUUUGAAGAGCUCUACACGUGUAAAAACAGUAAGACUUUCUGCAAGUAAGUGAUUUGUGAUACAAAUGUUGUUUGCCUUUAAAUCAAAGUCUUAACUAUCAAAAUAAGUUGUUGAAGCAUAUUGGAGUAACACUGAAUAACUCUGGCUUAUUUUCAAAUAUAGCAACUUUCUUUGUUAGAAUAUAAUGAAAUCUUGAUUUAUGACAUUAAUUUGUGUGACUGGAAUAUAAAUAAAGAUGACUCGGGUAAAAUUACUUG